AUGGCGACACCUUUGCGCUUUGCUGGGCCUAGCCGCCUGGCUAGGGUCUCCCACUACAUCUGCUUCAGUGCCUCCCACCUGCUACACAGCAACUUGCUGAGUGAUGAAGAAAAUCUGAAACUUUUGGGGAAAUGCAAUAACCCCAAUGGACAUGGACACAACUACAAAGUGGCAGUAACUGUGCGUGGAGAGAUUGAUCCUGUUACAGGGAUGGUGAUCAACCUCACUGAUCUGAAAGGCUACAUGGAGGAAGCUAUUAUGGAGCCUCUUGAUCACAAGAAUCUGGAUAAGGAUGUCCCCUAUUUUGCCAAUGUUGUAAGUACUACAGAGAAUGUUGCUGUAUUCAUCUGGGAAAACCUCCAGAAGUGCCUUCCUAAGGGGACUCUUUAUAAAGUCAAAGUAUACGAAACAGACAAGAAUGUUGUUGUUUACAAGGGAGAGGAGACUGUUCCUGAGAAAUGAAGACAUUCAUAUCUUGAUGCCUUUGAACUGGUGCUGGAGAAAGAACCCAAUCAGUCAGUGGAUUAAUGAACAUCAUCUGAUAAGUGUAGCCAUCAGACAUGUAGACUGUCGCCUGUUUGUUAAAGAUAUUCUAUACGAGAAGUGGAUAUUUUAUGCAGUUCUGUGCUGUUGAAAUUUGCUGCUGGUUUGAUGUUUUUAAGUCAAAGCGUGCCGUUUUCCCCCCCCAAACAGUGAAGAAGAUAUAGUUUCUGUGUUCUUUUGUAUCUGUAUCCAUUUAGAUGGCACAAGAGAAGAUUCACGCCUUUUCAAAAUUCAGAGUUCUCACUCUGACUGGCAACAGACUAUCAGUCAGAGGCAGAGAAGGUCUUUCCUUUCACGUGCCACCUGAUCCUUUUAUCUCAGGAGUGGGGAACCUCUGCCCUGCAGGCCCAGUUAGGCCCAGUACAGGCCCCAGUUCGUCCUGCAAGGCCAUUUUCCCCAAAUCAAGGCCACCUCACCCACACAAUGUCAUACGUGGCAUCAGGCCUGGGGCAGUUAAGGACGCAACUCCAAAGGAACAAUCGGGUGCUUAAUAUGAGCUCCUAAUUGCUGCUUGGCAAAUGGGGCUCAUUGACCCUGCUGAUCAAGUGAUUAGCACUGACAGCAAGCCCCACUGGGAUUGGCUGCACUAUGGAGCUUGUCGGGAACUGCGUAGUGCAAUCAAGAGGGUUUGCUGCUAGCUGGAGACGCUGUGGAUUAAACUUGGGGCCAUCUGCAUGUACUCCCCCAUUGAGUUGGCUGCGGUCUCUUCCCUUUACUCAUAGAUAAGAUUAUAAGAAGAGCCCUGUACCUGGAUCAGGCCAGUGGCCUAUCUAGUCCAGUAUCCUGUUCUCACAGUGGGCAGCCAGAUAUCUAUGGAAUCCCGCUAGCAGGACCUGAGUGCACUCUCUCCUGUGGUUUCCAGCAACUGGUAUUCAGAAGCAUGCUGCCUCUGACCGUGCAGGCAGAUAUAAGAGCCCCCACUUCAGAUCUGCCAUGAACUCAGAUCGUAACCUUCGGCAAGCCACCCUUUUUGAUGUCGGCCUUGUGAUAUGGGGAUAACUAUUUCCCCCUCUCUUACAGUAUUGUUGAAAGGACCACAGGGAUAAUGUAUGCAAAGUGUCAUGCUAUAUAAAAGUUAAUCAUUAUUGUUUUGUGCUGCUUCCACUGAGAUGUGACCAGUAGCCAUUAAAUGUUGUUUAAUUAGUGGAUUUUGA